AUGUCUUUUCCAACCGCAUCCCCCAGCUAUGAUUCGGACGAUCCGCCAUCUCAUACACAGUUCUUGGAUUUGACCAACGGCAAAGGGGGUGAUCUGCUCCCGCAUCCAUAUCUUCCCCCUCAGCCGGAGUCCGAUUACGCCCACGCAACAGAGACUCCUGUGGACGCGCAGGAUUCCGACGAUCAAGACGACAGCAACAUGGGCGACGACGAAGACGACGGGGGUAUGGAGGGAUCCCCCACAAUCCGCGGUACGGUACCACCCGGUAGCGGUGCAAUCGGUAUUAAUCCAAACACUCCCGGUAAGGUCGUUGACGUUGGGCAGGAACACACGGGCCGCUGGACCAAGGCCGAACACGAAGCUUUCUUGUCGGCGCUGCAAACGUACGGUAAGGAAUGGAAAAAGGUGGCUGCCAAGGUCAAAACUCGGACGGUUGUCCAAACUCGUACGCAUGCACAAAAGUACUUCCAGAAACUCCAAAAGACAAUCGAAAGCACAGGGAAAGACGACGUUACUCAGGUUCACAUGGGCAUUGAUAGCGGUGUCCUUGACAAACAAGGUAGCGGGAGUGCUGCCGGAAGUUCACACCAGAAGAAGCAACGAUGUCCCGCUCCGGUCUCUCUUCAAAAGCCUGAACGUCGGUCCAGUAGUGCCACUAUUUCCGCCGCACAGGUCAUAUCCAACCUUUCGUCCCAUACGAGCACACAACCUUCUUCUAUGGGCCCAUCUGUGGCUGCAAGAGGUAGCGCUCCGCUAAAGUCCAAGUCAGCCGAUCCGCAGUAUAGUGCAAUGCGUCCACAUGGCUUUUCAACGGAGGUUUCUUCAUCGUCUUUCCCAUCCUCUUUUUCUUCCUGGAUGGGAAACAAUUCCAUGAAAAUUACAGCUCCAAAUCCGGAAGACACCAAAAACAGCUUUCCGGAACCGUCUCCUGCAGCUACUGGCAAACGAAAACUAGCGGAAAUUGCCGCUGCUAGAAUGUUGGCCGGUGUAGGGCAACAGCAACAAAGGCAGCUUCAACCUCUGGUGGAUCGCAACGAUGAAGCUCCGACACCGCCUCUACCCGACACAGAAAAUAGUAAAGGUUCAAGUCUAAAUCUCCAUGAAGCCCCACCGCCACCAUUACUAUUUGGGGAUGGGUUCAAUAUGUCAAGUUUGACGUCGAAAAAGGGAGUGGCUCUACAAAUUGUGAAUCCAGAAAGCUUGGGCGUUUCGCACGAUAAACCUCGUCGUGGAGGUGGAGAUUCGCCUGUCACACCCUGGGAUGGGCAGCUCGAAGCCUUAGUCUACGAAAAGGCCAAAGUUGAAUCUAAGGAGGAAGAGACAGGAGGAUCAAAACCUGCUGCAUUGCAUCCGGUAUGUGGCCCGAGUACAGCAUAUGGUCGAACGCCACUACAUCAAGCUGUCUGCGAAAUGGAUUUGGAUGGCGUAAGGUGCCAAUUGCAGGAUAUGCCCAGCCAAAAUGUCAGUGUGCUGCAUGGCCUCGAUGAAGCAGGCUAUUCUCCGUUGCACAGUGCCUGUGCUUUACGAUUGAGCUACGGCCAAAGCGCUAUCGUGGCUCCCCAACUUGUCAGACUCCUCUUGUCUGCCGGUAUCUGCGAUCCCUCUCGACCCGACAUAAAGGGAAAUACACCACUACACUGGGCCGCACGUUCCGGGGAUCGAGAUGUUGUGGAAAUUUUGCUUCUGAAAAAUUCUCUACUGGAUGCCAGAAACCAGGCGGGCGAGGCUCCCCUUCACUGGGCGAUGCGGGCAGGUGAACGAGGGACUACGGUCGCUUUAUUACUUUUGGAAAACGGUGCUCGACCUAGCUCACUGAGCAAAGAGUACCGUCGACCCUUGGAUGUAGCAGCGGAUGGAUUCUUAGACGAAGAAAGGUCGUUGGCUGUUCUGCGGGUCGCGGAACAAUCAUAUCGAGGGAUAAAGCCAAGCAAAGCAUUGAAAAAACGGCUAAAAGAAACCGCAAGCGAACGGAGAGAUGCGCGAGCUGCUUUGCUAAUUCGGUCCGCACAGUCUAGAACGCUCGUAUUGCAUCACCCCGAAUGUUUGGAACAUCACCCGAAAUCAGCUACGGAUUGGGAAGCGCCAGAUCGAAUAAGGAGUAUUAUGCGCCGAGUACUGCCUGCAAGUGACCCUACCGGUGCGACCGAGACAUCGGGCAUUUUCCCUCACGAGGUAACGGUGUCCAAAGAAUUUGAAAGGGCAAAGCUUGAUCUCCUCAGUCGAGUGCAUAGUACAGAUUAUCUAUCAUUUGUCAAUGCAUUGAGCAAAGACCUCGAAAAGCAAUUGCGAGAAUCAGGGGGGAGCUUCAGCGCAAUGGACGAGUCUGACAAUGGUUUUGGAUCACCACCGCCGGUAGUUCCGUUCACACCGCUCGUUCAGAGAUCGCUCAUUAAAGUAGAUGAGUCUAGAAUCAAGCUGGGUGUAAACUCCGAUACAUCGUUCAGUGCAGGGUCACUCCGUGCUGCACGGCGCGCAGCUGGGGCAGUGCAGCAUGCAGUGGAUUGCGUUUUGGUUGGGAGAAAUCGCAAUGCUUUUUGUGUAGUUCGGCCACCCGGUCAUCAUGCCGGCAUAAAUGGUUUGCUGGAUGGGGGUGAAUCUUGUGGAUUCUGUAUUUUCAACAACGUUGCCGCAGGCGCUCUUUAUGCGAUUUCAGAAGAUAGGCUCCUGUGUGGCCGGUGCGCAAUUGUUGACAUUGAUGUCCACCAUGGAAAUGGAACUGAAGACAUCGUUCGAAAAUGCCACGACCCUAGCAAACUUUUGUUCUUCUCAAUACAUCUCUACGACAACGAUAGGAAAAAGAGGGGUUCAAAUCAGUUUUCCUAUAAGUUCUACCCUGGAACCGGUUCUGAGGAUGACCUUGCAUUGAAUAUCAUCAACGUGCCCAUUGUACCUUUGUGGAAAGAACACUCCGCUACUGUGCAACCUUCGAUAAAGACCCACAACACAAGACGGAAAACUCGAACAUCUCAGGAAGGUCCAGACGAAGAAAGUGAUACCACGCCAAAAGAUAGUUCACGUACAAGCGAUGUUGGCAGCGAAGAAGGCUCUACCGCUGCGUCUAAUUCAUCUCCCAGACCUGGAGGACUGUCAUCCGGAAGAACUGCGUAUCGAAAUGCAAUCCAAAAUCGCUUACUACCUGCGCUUCGGGCUUUCAACCCUGAUCUCAUCCUCAUAAGCGCCGGUUUUGAUGCAGCAAAAGGAGAUGUGGGAAAUGCUCGACACGAGCGAGGCGGAGAGAAAGUUGGGCUCGACUUAGAACCCGAAGACUAUGCAUGGACAACAAGAAAGAUUCUGGAGAUUGCCGAUAUUUGUUGCCAGGGCCGCGUUGUUUCGGUACUUGAAGGGGGAUAUGGAAGAACGCCAGCUGCCUUGCCCACAGGCUCGUCCGCCCUGGAUCGCACCUUGUUUGCCGAGUGCGCCAUCCGGCAUUUACACGCCAUGGUUGAUCCGUACGACACCGAGCAGCGAUUUAGCUGAAUUUUGCAGUUAGCUUGAGAUGGUCCGAAAUUUGAUUUGAAAAAUUAUGAAUGUAUAGCAAUAGUGGAAUUAGAAA